AACGUUCUGUUCAAGCUACGCACUACGUAAACAACCCUCACCCAGGAAGAAACUGAGCUCUGUAACUUUGGGCAGGUCAAUGUUUCGGUUGUGGCUCUGCGGCAGUAAAACCACCCGGGUUAACCUGUCGGGUUUCUCCCGUAGAAACAUGUCGGUACCGUCUGGUGAGAGUGACGGUAAAAGUAACCGGUCUAUUCACUCGGACAGCGUCGCGGAGGUUCACAACAUCCCAAUGCGCGUCAUCAUCCGGCCGAUCCCUCCGCAGCUGGACGAGCAGAAGGUCCAGAGUCUGGUGGAGACCAUACAGGAGACGGCGGAUCUCAGCGUUGUUCCGCCCAUCGACGUGCUCUGGAUCAGAGGCAGGGAGGGGGGGGACUACUUCUACUCGUUCGGGGGCUGUCACCGCUUCGCUGCGUAUCAGAGGCUGAACAUGGAGACCAUCCCGGCCAAGCUCAUCAAGUCCAACGUCUCCGACCUCAGCACCUACCUGGGAGCCUCCACACCUGACCUGCGCUGACCUGAGCUUUAACACACUCUGUCAGGUGGCUCUCUCACACACACACACACACACACACACACACACACACACACACACACACACACACACACACACACACACACACGCACACAAACCAAACACACUGAUUUACUCCUCUGGACUGCAGGGCAAAGCUUUCACCAGCAGGGGGAAAUGUGACUCUUCAGUUAAACACAUCUCUACUUUAGACCUCUGAAGUGUGUGUGUGUGUGUGUGUG